AUGUCUCCCAAGUCUUUCACUUUCUCGGCCGCUCUGUGCCUGGCUCUUGCCGUUGGUCCCGCCUCGGUGCUGUCUGUUCCCCAGAUGAACGGACUUCCUCUUCUCGGUGGUGACCACGCCCAUGAUACCGCUCCUGCCACUGGUGAUAGCGAGCAUGAUGCCGGUGCCGGUUUUGACGUCGGUUUCCCCGGCGGCCCUGGCGUUCGCUUCGGUGCUGGCACCCACGAUGAGGAGCAUGGCCCUUGCGGACCCGGCGUGAACAGUUUGCACGCCGCCGGCGCUGGCUACGAUGUUGGCAUUCCUGGAGGCCCCGGUGUGCGCUUCGGUGCCGGCACCGUCGACGCUCACCACGCUGUGCCCUGCCCUGAGGUCGUCGAAGUGACCCCUUCGAGUCCUGCGAUGGUUGAGACGACCCCCGCCAGCCUUGUUGUUGUGGAGACGGCUCCCGCUACCUCGACCUACGUCCCUGUGAUGAUCCCGCCUACCUAUACCACUCCUAUUAUGAUCCCUACCAUGAUGCCUGCUCCCGCCUAUGCGUCUUCCACGCCGGUCGUCGUUCACUCGACCCCGCUGGUGCAGCACCCCGCUCCGACGUCGACCCCCUCGUCCCAGCCGGUCUUCAAUGCCGGCUUCCCUCUCGCCCCGAGCUCCGGCUUCUUGGUCGCCAUUCCUAUCAUUCUGGGCCUUGUAUACUAG